UAUGGCGGAGUCGAAUGAAACAGAGCGUCCAGAAGCAUCUGAAGAUAGCAACACCGGUCAUUUUUCUCACGACAUAAAUAGCUACGCGGAGCGUGAAGCCUCCCACUUAGGACAACGCCAAGGUGAUCGUCGUCAUACUUCACAAUCAAGACAUCCCCACAUAUAUACUACUCCUAAUUCUGAUAAUCCUUCAUACCAUGCACAUGAAAAUACAAGUCGGAGCAACGUUGGGCAAGAGAGUUCAUUAGACCUUUAUGUCACAAGCGGGCGUCGAACAAAAAGGGAGGUCAGAAGCAGUAAAAGCAGCACAGAAAAGUUAAUCGAGGAAUUUGCAAAGUUAAAAUGCGAGGAACGAGAUGCAAAGGAAACCCACAUCAUUAAUGAUCUUUUGAAGAAAUCUGAUACUGAAUCUCCAAUAUUAGAUGGACAACUUGAUGAGCUGGCAAUGUUGGCCUGCUGUAACAGCUCUCGCGUAGUGAAAAGAGCGCUUGAUGUUCUGCUAAAUGAAAUAUUUUUAAACAUUUCAGAUUUAUCGGUAGAUCGUUGCAAAAACAUAUUGCAAGCGGAAGAAGCUCUUCGCUCGAAGUUUUUAGAGUUCAUGAGAGUGGAUCGAUUUAAAGCAAAGUGCCAUAGGAUGACGACAUACGCUUGGCUAAUCACGUUAGUCCUUCUGAAGUUUGGCGAACAGGAAUUUGCCAAACUCAAACCAAAGAUAAAAAUAUUUGACCAAAGUUUAGUUACUCUCAUGAAGCAAACAAGCAAGAACGAACAAAAUCUUUACCGGUAUGGCAUUAGUCUUGCAAGAGAAAGUAUCAAGCGAAUUCUUCAGUCUUCUCCAAAACGGAACGUGAAGGAAUCUCUCUUACUUAACAUUGCAAAGUGUGCGAACCUUCUGAAGGGCAAAUUAGACAAGGAUGAAGUGACGAAGCUCGGAAAAGAACUCCAUGAUGCAGACAGCUGGUUGAAUAUUCAUGUAUGCCUUGUAUUUCUGCAAGAUUUACCCAAGCAUUAUCAUUUCAAAGACAACCCAAGACCUGUGAUCUUAAUGCAGAUGUUGGUUGCAGACUAUCGCGAGCGUUCCAGUUCAAGCAAAUUCAAGAAUUUCAUUCGAAAUCCAAGAUCUGAUUGUCUGUUUGAGCUGUUGGUUUAUCGGGUGAUGCUAAGGUUGAUUACAACAUCAAAAAGCAAAGCAAUAAUUGAACAAGUCUUAACCGGAGAACAAGGCUGCCGUGGUGUGUUUAGAAACUGGGAAGGCGAUAAAUCAAUGACAUCGCCCCUGGGUGAAUUUGUGGCAAACCUUUGUGAGCAAUUGUGCGAGAGAGCGGUCUUCUUCUCAAAGCCCCAGAAUAUCAAAGAAUUUCUUGAUGGUAGGUGCAUCGAACACUUAUCCAUUCUUCAUUUGUGUUCGAGGUAUAGAGAUGAAAUAUUGGAGAUUUUACAAAUAUCACGAGUUCAGCAAUUGGAGCAACGUGUCAGUAUUUAUGAUGCCUUGAUGAGUGGCCAAAAAUGCCUGUUGAAAUUGCACCUGCAUUCAAAGGAAGAGAUGUUGGAAACGAAACCUGUUGCUGCCCCUCUGCGAAAAGAAAUCGAAAUCCUUGAUCAUUUGCAUGCUGUCAAAAAACCAUGCGAAAACAUAGUUCGCCUGCUUGGCUUAAGCACUGAUUCUCCAAUGCACAUGAUAAUCGAGAGACCAACGAAAGGCGACCUAUUGACGUACCUUCACGGUUUCAUGCAACCACUUAAUGUUGAUGUACUGCUUCACAUUGCCCAAGAUAUUUGCGAAGCUAUGAUCUUCCUCGGUGAGAACAAUAUAAUCCAUCGUGACCUGUGUGCCAGAAGCUGUUUUGUAUUUGAUAAAGAAACAAGCGGAAACGUCCUUGUCAAACUUGGCGACUUUCACUUUGCAGCAUUUUCCGAUUCGACUCAAGAUUCUCAAGAUCGAUUUGCUGUUCGUUGGAUGGCAGUUGAAGUACUUGGAGACGGCGAAUUCAGCACUGCAUCUGAUGUAUGGUCUUUUGGUGUUCUAUUGUUUGAGAUUUUCACAUUUGGUUCUGAACCAUAUAUAAAUAUGCCUGACGGCAAGGCCUCGGAUAAUGACGAGGACUUUCGACAACAUGUCCUUGAUGGCAAUAGAAUUGAACUUCAUUCAAAAAUCCCUGAUUCAAUUCGAAAAAUGAUUCAGUCCACAAUGAAAAAGAAAGAUCACAGACCAACGUUUUUAGAAUUGAAAACCCGUCUUAAGGAAAUGAGAUUUGAUGAUGGUACAUACAUGUUUCCGGCCCACUGCAGAAAAUUACUUCGCGCCUCAUUCCGUGUACGUGAGAAAAGUGACACAAAGGACACCUGAACAAUUGGUAUAAAUUGAGUCUACAAUCCUUGUUGUCUAGCCUGACUUCUAUAAUUGCCGCCAUGGGGAUCGAGUAUUUUUUUCAAUAAACGAAUGGCAAGCCAUACUGUUUUACAUUUACGCAUACAUAUUACUGCAUGUUGAUUUACCUAUAUAGUAUUAAAACUUAUUCGUUUAGGGAUUUUGAUUGAUUUAGAGACAAUUUUUUUACGUGCCAUGCAGGGGCGUAUUGUGACUAUCUUAACUGGGGGAUCGAGUGGGGGUGCACCCCCCACGUUUUACCGUCAUGUUUCUCACAACUCGUAAAUAAGAGCAAUACGCACAAACUAACCAACCCAAAAGAAAUUGCCCCAUUAUGCAAUUUAAAUCGUAAAUAGUAAUGUUUUCAGUAACAGCAUUAAUAAUAGUAGUAGUAAUAGUAA